CUGGAACCCUGACCAUGGAACCCUGAAGUGGUUCUGAUUUCUCCAGCUCAGUGGCAGACCCCACCACCCCAGGACCUUCCUGCCUCUCCCACAACCAGAAUUCAGGCUCCCAGAGGGAGGAGGUGGGGAGGGGAUCCUGAUCUCACAGGGCAGGGGGCGUCCAUCAUGAUGCUCAACUCAGACACCAUGGAGCUGGACCUGCCUCCCACACACUCGGAGCCGGAGUCAGGCUUCAGCGACUGUGGGGGCGGGGUGGGCCCCGACCGGGCUGGGCCCAGAGGUCCAGAAGGGGGCCAGACCCGGGGCCUGGAGCCGGGAGAGCCUGGCAGGAAAGACCUGCAGCACUUGAGUCGGGAGGAACGGCGGCGCAGGCGCCGGGCUACGGCCAAGUACCGCACAGCUCACGCCACGCGGGAGAGAAUCCGUGUGGAGGCCUUCAACCUGGCCUUCGCGGAGCUGCGCAAGCUGCUGCCCACGCUGCCCCCGGACAAGAAGCUCUCCAAAAUUGAGAUCCUGCGUCUGGCCAUCUGCUACAUUUCCUACUUGAACCACGUGCUGGACGUCUGAGGGCGGCCUGGAUGCCACCCCCUUCUGGGCCUGGCUAGGUCCCCCCUCAUCGCCCACUGGCUACGACAGCCAUCUCUUCUUCCCUGAGCCCUAUACCCUGGCAUGGAGUCCCCGAGGCUCCUGGCCCAGAAACGGUGCCCCACUCCCAGCUGGUUGUGAAGGCAGCUUUCUAUCACCAACCCAGGCAUCCCACGGCUGUCCUCAUGGGCACCUUCUGCAGUUUGUGGUUGGGCCCGGCUGUUAGAAUUGUCUGCUUGGGAGGUCGGUACACAGCCCUUGCUGGAUUUACUAAGCCCGUCACAUGUGGGUGUCCCCUAGCUCUCUCGUGGGCUGCUGUCCCGUCUACCCCCACAUCCAAUUUGUCAGAGACCCAGACAUACACUCCCAUCUACUUUCCACCCUGUUGCAGCUUCUCCUGCCCAUGGCAGGGAAGGGGCAUCAGAACAGGAAGGGGGCAGGCUGGGCUUAGAGUGAAGUGGGCUUCUUCCUCAGAGAUUUCAGUCUAGUUUGGCAGAAGGGCCUGGGGACCUGUGAGGUGAAUCUCAGUAGCUGAAAUUAGGGAAUAAGUCUUCCUGUUUUCUAUCUUGUUCCUGAGGAUGCAGACCUUGGAUCUUACUCUGUAGUGAGUGCCUUGUCCUCUCUGAGCUAUUUGGCCCCCAUCUGUGUACCCUCCUGCUUCUACAGUCCCAAUUUCCUCCCUGGGUGCAGAGCUAGGGAAAAGGAAACCUAAAUCCUGGGGUAGGGGAUGAUGUCCCCAAACUCAUCCCUGGAAAUGGGUGGGCCAGAUCUCAUGCCUACUUCCUCCAUCCCAGCCUACCACGAGAAGGUGAAAGCCCACACCAGCUCCUCCCUUAGAUGCAGGCAGUGCUCCAUCAUUGCCCCCUGGGAACAUGCAGCUCUACUAGUCCUAGGGUCUGUUUAUUACUUUUUUCUCCUCCUCCUUAAGCUGGCUUCAGCAAUGGAAGAGACCCCCGCCUACCCCACCUCCAGGCUUUCUGCCCCCACCAC